AUUUUCUCAACCCUUUAAUAUGUUUUUCAGAUAAGAUAAAUUGGUUAGAUGGAAGACAAAAACAAUAACAACCAGCAAUGACGCCGCAUAACGUGGACGGCCGGUGAAAAUCUGGCACGGCGGCAGUCAUUAUCCUCUCGACAAGGAGUCAUCCUCGCCACGUGUAGCUCAUCAAUUGGCCGAAUUUCGUCUCCCUUCCCCGCUCUGAUCCAAAGUGGGGCAAAAAGUUUACUUUCUUCUUCAUCUUCUUCCCAUCCUCAUCCGUCUUUUAAUGCCCACCUAAUACCUCCGCCAUAUGGAAUCAACCAUUUCUUGCCGUAGUCGCUCGCUGUCACAUUUCCUCCCUUCCCCGCUGCCGAUCCGCUCGCCGCACUACCGCCACUCAAUUCUCAAGCUCCCGUCGCGAUUUUCUCCGCUGCCGUCGACACCGAUUUCCAUGGCGUCGCCUCCCCUUCAUAUCUCUGCCUCGUCCGCCGUUGGUGCUAAGAACGAUGAAGCAACGACGACUGCUUCCUCUGGUCUCGUCGGAGAGACUGAUCUGCUCAUUGUCGGCCCCGGAGUACUAGGUCGCUUAGUCGCCGAGAAAUGGCGGGAGGAAAACCCAGGUAGUCAGAUUGUGGGACAAACGAUGACUGAGGAUCACCAUGAGGAACUGAUCAAAUUGGGGAUCAAUCCUUCUCUGAAAGAUACUCAAUCGAGUCAACAAUAUCCUUACGUGAUCUUCUGUGCUCCACCUUCUCGAUCCGCUGAUUAUCCUGCCGAUGUGAGGGAAGCUGCUUUGAGAUGGAAUGGAGAAGGCUGUUUCCUGUUCACUUCAAGCUCGGCGCCUUAUGAUUGCUACGACAAUGGAGACUGCAACGAGGACACUCCAGUUGUGCCAAUUGGGAGAAGCCCUAGAACAGACGUCCUUCUCAAAGCAGAGCAAGUAGUUCUGGAACGUGAGGAGAAGCUAAGCACUUCGUUUUGUGUGCGUUUGAUUUGGUUGCCCUUAAUUGGGACUUACAAAUCAGAUAGAGGUGCACAUACUUACUGGUUAGAGAAAGGAACUGUCGAGAUUCGGCCGGAUCACAUCCUUAAUCUCAUUCACUACGAGGAUGCUGCAUCUCUAUGCACAACAAUCCUGAAAAACAAAGUCCGUGGCCAGAUCUUCUUAGGCUGCGACAACCAUCCACUGUCUAGGUACACUAUAUGGCUUGUCGAUCGUUUUCACCAAUAAAGUUAUGGCACAGAAUACCCUUUUCUUUCAAAAUGUGCAGACGAAAACGUCUGCCUGUCUCAGCGAUCGGAUGAGGAAACCAACGGCUGAGACUCGCUCUGCACGUUUGGAAGAAAAGGGUGUCUUGCAAGGUAAGGGGGAGCAUGUUUUCACUUCUUUCUCUUUCCAAUUCAUGCAGGCAGGAAGUGAUGGACCUGGUUGCUAAAAGUGGCAAGUUCAGCAAGAAAUUUGAGGGCUUUUCUGGAACAAGUGAUCCUCUUGGUAAGAAACUAAACAACUCGAAAACUCGGCAGGUGCUUUCAUGGAAACCUAAGUAUCCCAGCUUAGCUCACUUUCUUGGAGUGGCUUCAUCAGAAUGAGUCAAUCUCAUUGAGCAGCAACAUACAAUUUCGAGCUGUGAAGUGAAUCUGAAUAGGGAGAAGCUAUGGUGCCAUUGAAGAGAAUAAGCAGUGGUUGUGAAAUGUGCUUUUUACGGAUGGAAAUUGGAAAUGGAGGAAUGGCAGGAAACAAACACAGAUUUUUUGGAAAGCACACACCAUCUUUAGCUGUCUGUUGCCAUGUACACGUAAAGAGUUUGGAACUGUAAAGUACAACACGGUAAAGUAUGAAUCGAGCUCCAAAAUGUAAAGAGCAGAAGACCGAGCCACCAAGGCAGCAGCAGCAGCAGCAGCAAUGCAAUUCUUGCAUUCUCACUCGUUCUGUGCGUUUGAACGAGGCCACGGACUGGAAGAAGAACCAUCGGAGACGCAGAUCACGACGCGCAGAACCUCGUGGAUGGCGCCCCUGCGAAGGACCCCCAGAACCUCGAUACCCUUCUCGGUCGCGAGCUCUGCUAGAGUGAGGUGGCGAGAAUGAGACUCGUCCCUCAUCCUGAACCCAUAGAACCAUCUUCCUAGCUUCCACCAUUUCACACACACUUGCCUCUCCGAAAUCCAGCAGCUCUUUAGUGCUGCCACAACUUCCCAUGCCUGUAAUGAAACAGUAAAAGCUUACCCAAAAUCAUGCAUUCAAAUCACGCUCUAUAAGCUGCAAUUCAACCCAAACAAACACCAUUUUUGUGUCGAUCUACGACGAAUGUCAAUCUAAGAAACCAAUUCAUAGAGCGGCUUACCGGGGUUUGGAGGCAGGCGAUGGAGUAAUGCAGCGCAACCAAGUUCAGAAGCACAGACAGGUGCGGCUUGAAGAGGAACAUUCGAACGUCUGCAUAGGAAAACUCCAACGAACUCAGUUCCCCAAUCGCUUGCACGUAAUCCCCAACUUCCAUCGAUUCAACCCCACAGCAUUGAUUCACGAAUCCGACCACCGCGCCAGCUCUGAUCGCCAUCUCCCUGUGCUUCCCAGCGUAAACCUCCCUCCAUCUCUGCAAAUGGAAACCCAGAUUUGGGAGGCCGGCAAAAGAAAAAAAAAUUGAACGGGGAAAACAAGAAGAAUCCAUCAAUCAAUCAAUCGGUUACCAAAGAAGCAGAGGAAUCUCGGGGGAAAGCGGCGGCGGGCCAUCUACGGCGGGCGAGCGAUUCCCAGAUGGAAUCUGAGCUGCACAGUUCCCUCCAGUAGCGAGAGCACCUGCUUAGAACGCAGACGUCCAAAACCGAAGAUAGGAAGCGAUUUUGAGACAGAUAUCGAACGGUAGGCCGCUCUCCAAGAUCGACGCCGAUUCGUUCAUCGCCGGGAAACUGUUUUUUUUCCGGCCGAGUGAUUCAGGAGCUUUUUUACUGUGAAAAAAUGGUGCGAUGCUUUUUUGUUCCCAAAAACAGUUGUGUUGGCGAUUUAGACGAGGUGUUGUCAGUUGUGUAAAACUGUCCUCAUUGAUUGCACAGAAACCAACGUGGCGCGUUUCCAGAGAUACACGU